AUGGCACCGCCGAAAUAUGCGCGUAUGUGCGGGAGGAGGCUGUCUCAGCUAAUUGCACUCCUCACUAUCUUGGGCUUUUUACUAUUCGGAUAUGACCAGGGCGUCAUGGCUAAUCUACUCAUUGAACCGGUUUUCAUCUCAUUGUACACCGCUAACAAUGAGGACCCUCUACUGAGGGCCACCUUGACUUCGAUAUAUGAAUUCGGAGGUCUCUUGGGUGCCCUCGUCACACUGAUCUUGCUCGAUUUGAUCGGUCGUCGUAAAACGAUUAUGUUCGGCUCGCUGUGUAUGAUUAUCGGCGUGUUGAUUCAAAUUACUGCUAUGCGAGAAUACAAGCCCCUAGUGCAGUUCAUGGUCGGCCGUUGUGUUACUGGUUUUGGAAAUGGAGUGAAUUUAUCUUCCAUGCCCAGUUAUCAGUCUGAAUGUUGCAAGCGCCAUCGGGCCUGGUUGUUGAUGUGUAUGCAGGGCGGCAUCACUGCCUUUGGCACAACGAUGGCCUAUUGGAUGACCUUUGGGGCCCAUUUCGGUCCUCCAGAGUUGGUCUGGCGACUCCCUAUCGGGUUCCAAAUGGUUUUCUGUGUGCUCAUUAUAGUUACAAUGUUUUAUCUUCCCGAUUCACCUCAUUAUCUCAUCUCCAAGAAUAAGAUUGCUGAGGGCGAAAGAGUUCUUGCUGCACUUGAGGGGAAAGAUAUCGAUGAUCCCGCCACCAAACAUCAAAAGAACCUAGUCAUUGAUUCGAUAAGAACUUCGCGUGCCUCCAAAGAACGUUUCAAGGAUCUUUUCACCAGUGGCAGAACUCAGCAUCGCCGUCGUAUGAUGAUGGGCACCUCCUCGAAGGUUUUCAAAGAGCUCACUGGAUGUAACGCGGUCAUUUACUUUCUUCCAUUCUUUUUGAAACGGUCUCUUGACAGGUCGGUUGAGUUCGCAAUGCUGAUUGGUGGUAUAAGCAUGACUCUCUAUGCACUUUGUGCGACGUUCUCAUGGUUCUUCGUCGAGAAAUUGGGGCGCCGCAAGCUCUUCAUUUUAGGGAGUCUCGGCCAAUUCCUUGCCAUGAUCAUUAUAUUCGCAUGCGUUGCUGCCAGAAGAUCCGGAUCCACCCCGGGAGCCAUUUUCGGCUUCUUUCUGUACCUGGGUGUAUUCGGUGCAAGCUGGCUGUCCCUGCCUUGGCUAUACGCCGCCGAAAUUACUCCCGACAAGGCAAAAGCCCAAGCCAACUCUCUUACCGCUUGCAACAGUUGGCUUUUCAACUUCUCAGUCGUCACGGCCACGCCAGUCAUGGUGUCCAAUAUCGGGUGGGUGACGUAUUUAUUAUUUGGCCUAAUGAAUGCUCUUAUCGCACCUCUUGUCUGGUACUUAUAUCCAGAAACUUCAAACCGGAGCAAACAGGAAAUCGACCUCAUCUUCGCCAAAGGAUAUGUUGAGAAGAUGAGCUACGUCACUGCCGCAAAGGAGCUGCCUAAGCUUACGGAUGAGGAGGUUGAGAGGAAGGCUACGGCAUAUCGCCUCAUGGAUGACCAGAAUAAUGGAAAGGUGGAAGCCCAAAUCAGCUCUCAUGGUGCCGGUUCGGCACAAUCUUAG